ACCCCCUUAAAGUCAAUUUUCUCAACUGGAAUAGAGGGGUUGUUGUGGAUCAAUGCAGACGGAAUCAGAUCAAAGUGUGAUAGUCGAUACACCCCCUUAAAGUCAAUUUUCUCAACUGGAAUAGAGGGGUUGUUGUGGAUCAAUGCAGACGGAAUCAGAUCAAAGUGUGAUAGCGAAGGACAAGUGCAGUAUCAGUGAGGAAGCGGAUUCUUGAUGAGAGAGAUACAAUACAAGCCCUCCGACGAUUUCAAGUGCCUCCAGCUCCCGUGGAACCCAAAUGAAUGGCAGUUUGGAAUCAGAGGCGCUAGGGGAACUGAAUUCGAGGGUGGGAUUUAUCAUGGGCGGCUCCUGUUUCCGGAGGAAUACCCAUGGAAGGCUCCUUCAUUCAUGUUUUUGACGGAAAAUGGUCGCUUCAAAACUCAAACCAAGAUCAGAUUGAACUGGCAGUUAUCAUGGAGGGUGCGAGAUGCUUUACUUGCACUUGUUGAUGAAAUGGACACCUACCCAGAUGGUGAAUUGGGUUCUAUAAAUUACAGUAAGGGAAAAAGGCGUGCCCUGGCCAUGAAAUCUCGUGAAGCAGCCCCAAAAUAUGGCACUUCUGAACGUCAGAAGCUAAUUGAUGAGAUUCAUCAAAAUUUGCUAAGGGAGGCACCCGUUCCUGUUCCUCAACUCCAACAGACGAGAAACACUUCCCUGGCACGGAGAUGUCAGGAAGAGGUGGUUGUGGAUCGAGUCGGAUCAACGCAGACGGAAUUGGAUCGAAGUGUGAUAGCUGAGGAAAAGUGCAACAUGGAGAAUUCAGGGGAGAAGCGAGUUCUAGAGGAGUAUAAUGAGAUUGAAUCCAAUCCCUCCUACGAUUUCGAGUGCCGCAUGCUCAAUUGGAACUCAUAUGAAUGGCAAUUUGCUAUCAAAGGGCCUAGAGGAACUGAAUUCGAGGGUGGGAUUUAUCAUGGGAUGAUCCAGUUUCCGGAGGGACACCCAUCGAAGCCUCCUUCAUUCAUGUUUUUGACGGAAAAUGGUCACUUCAAAACCCGAACCAACCUCAGCUUAAGGCUAUUAUCAAACUGGCAGUCAUCAUGGAGCGUGCAAAAUGCUUUACUUGCACUUAUUGAGGAAAUGCCCACCUACCCAGAUGGUGAAUUGUGUUCAGUAAAAUACAGUACGGAAGAAAGGCGUGAUCUGGCCAUCAAAUCUCGUGAAGCAUCCCCAAAAUAUGGCACUUCUAAACGUCAGAAGAUAAUUGAUGAGAUUCAUGAAGAUUUGCUAAGCAAGGCACCACCUGUACAUGUUCCUGCUCCUCAACUGAGUCCUGUGCCCUCACAGGCCUCCAACGGCACAGGCGGCGGCUCUGUUGUUGGGAAUAUAUUUUAUGUUAUCAAUUCCAACCGGGUAGGAGUUUCUAUGAAUGAUGCCCCCAACCCCAUGAUAACAAAACUUUUUUGGGGUUUCGUGUUUCUGGUCAAUGCUUUUGGUUUUGUUAUGUUUUUCGUCAAUACUUUUUGUCGUUGGUCAUACCAAGAGGUUACCAAGUCUGUACCGUUAGAGUAGGCCUUUUUUUUUUUUGGGUAGCUUCUCCUGAUUUAGGAAACUAAUUGAAAACGAGCAUUCUAAUUUUCCACCGUGAUUUCAUAAAACCUUGUGGCCAUAAGAUGAGGGCAAUUAAUGAAUCAUUCAAUUCUUGACUUUUCUUGCCUACAUUACCAGUAGAGUUACUAGUCGUUAGCAUCUUUGGCUUCUUUGUGCUUGCUAUAUUUUUGUUGUUGAAUGUGAAAGAGGGGACAACAGCCAGAAGUUUGUAUGCAUAUGUUUUUAUGAAA